AUGCGCAACUUGAUCGUGCUCGACGAGCGCCGGGCCGCGCUGCCGCCGGGCAACUGGGUCGCACAGAGCGUCGACGCCGCCGAAGACCGCGUGUUUGCCAUGACGAGCGAUGGCUGCGUGGCCUGUCUCGUCGACAACGAGGUUGUCUGGGACUGUCGCCUCGACAGCGCCGCCGACUGGCUAUGGUGCCACUACAACCAAGAGCUCGAGGCCAUCGUCUGCGCCUCGCGCAGCGGCGCCAUCGUGGCCAUUGACGCGAAAGAGCGCGACGUCGAGGUCAUCGGCCACUUUGACGCUGGCCUUUGCGCCGUCGCGUGGAACGCCACGGACGACCAGGUCGCGCUCGUUACGGGCGAGAGCCUCUUGAUCACGAUGAGCACAUCGUGGGACGUUUUGCACGAAGGCCUCCUCGAUGUGCCAAGCUUGCAUGCGGGAUCGCUCGUGUCUCUGGCGUGGCGCGCGGACGGCCAGUUCCUCGUCGUGAACGCUGCUGCGCAGAUCCAGGUCUGGGAGCAGGCGAAUGCGUCCUGGUCGCUGCAUGCAUUGGGACGCUACGAAGACGGUCGGCCGCUCACGCAGCUCGAGUCGACAAUUGCAUGGGCCCCAAACCACACGCUCGUCGCAACGAGCCAGAUACUCAAGCAGCAACUGCACGUCAUCUUCUUUGAACGCAACGGGCUGCGUCACGGCGAAUUCCCCGUCGACGCGGCCAGCGUCACGCAUCUGCAGUGGAACACGCUCUCGGACGUGCUUGCGCUCGGCGUUAUGACAACGGCGGGUCAGCCGAUGGUGCAAUUCUGGACCCGGAACAACUACCACUGGUACCUCAAGCACGAGCGACGUCUCGAUGAUGCUAUCGCGGCGCUCAGCUGGGACCUCGAGGCGCCGUACACAGUACACGUCCUGCAGCAGGCUGGCACGCUCCGCACGCUGACACUCGAGCCGCUCGUCCACGUCAGCGCGACGGAUGCAGCGACCGUCGCCGUCAUUGAUGGAUGCGAGCUCAAGCGCACGUUCUUCCAGAAGGCACCGAUCCCGCCGCCCAUGUGCGCCAGCGUGCUCUCGUUGCCGGCGCCGAUCAACGUUAUUGCGUUCGCCAACGACGUUGCCGCGCUCGUCACGUCUUCAGGGUCGUGGCACCUCGUUCUCGACGACCACGUUCGCCCCGUCAUGCUCCAAACCGCCGGGUUUACCCAAAGGAUGCAGUCGCUUGCGUGGGACGGUGCGUCGUUCUGGGGCGUGCCGGAAGGCGACGCGACGACCCUGUGCAUCGUGACGCUCGAUCUGACCACCGCGUGUGUUCUCCACACGUCGUCGCUCAAAGCGCCGGGCGAUGAGACGUUUGGCACCCUCUCGAUGGACGGUCGGGCCGUGCAGCUGUCGUCCGGUGCACGUUUCCAUCCAGCGCAAGAAGAAUUGGACGAGACGGCCCACCCGCUGUAUGCCCACUGGGCGCUGCUCGAGCACGAUCUCUGCGUCGGGUCGGCGGGCCACAAACUCUACGUCAACGGCGCUGUGCUGCACGCUUCUGUCGCGUCCUUCCAUAUCUCGCACGGGUACCUCCUCGCGACGACGCUCGGCGCCCACCCGCAGCUGCACUUUUACCUCCUCGACGAGUUGGUCGAUUGCAAGCAUACCCCGGUGCACACGCAGCCGGUCGAGCGCGGUGCCAAGCUCGUGGCGACCGUGCCGUCGCGCGCCGACGUCAUUCUGCAGAUGCCCCGGGGCAACCUCGAGAUCCUCUCGCCGCGCCCGCUCGUGCUCCACCUUGUCGCGCAGUGCGUGGCGUCGGCGGCGUAUGCGCCGGCGCUGGAGCUGUGUCGCAAGCACCGUGUGGACAUGAACCUGCUCGUGGAUCUGGAUCCGCCAACGUUUCUUGCGAGCAUCGAGGCGCUUCUCGAGGCGAUCCCGGUGCGCAUCCGGAGCGACCGGCUCUGUCUCUUCCUCACCAAUUUGCAUCCUGUCAACGUCUGCGGCGCCAAAUACCCGCUGGACGCGGUCCACCGCAUGCCCGAGUCCUGGGACAAGGUGCUCGAGGUGUGCUCGGCCGUGCGAUCGGCGCUUCUCGUGCGGGACGCCGCAAUGUACCUUCUGCCGCUACUGACGUGCGAAGCCAAGAUGCAGCUCUUCGAACCCGCCUUGCUGCGUCUCCAGGCCCUGCAUGCGACGGACAAGGUGCUGGCAGAGAAGGGCUUGAAGCAUCUGCUCUUCCUCGUUGACGUCGACGUGCUCUACGACCACGCGCUCGGGCUUUAUGAUAUGGACUUGGCGCGGCUUGUCGCUGGGCGGACCCAGCGCGACCCGCAAGAGUACCUCCCGCAGUUGGCCGCGUGGGAAGCGCUGCAAACGACCAAGUCCAUCGCGUAUAUGAAGUACGUCAUUGACGUGAGUUUGAAGCGGUACGCCAAAGCGCUCACCCACCUCACGGCCGACACCGACGCCGCCCUUGCGCUCUCGCUCAUCACAUCCCAUCAUCUGUACGAGGACGGCCUCAAGCUCUUUAGCACGACGGCGUCUCCGAUUCGGCGGCAAAUUCUCGUGGCGUACGGGUCGCAUCAAGUGGCGAAUGGCGCGUUUGCAAGCGCUGGCCACACGUUCCUCUCGGCGGUGCCGCCGGCGCUCGAGCUGGCCGUGGACGCGUUCCGAAAGGCGUCGGAAUGGCGUCUUGCGAUGAGCAUCGCCGCGCGCAUCGACAAGUGCGAUCUUCCGUCGCUCGCCUACGAGAUGGCCGACGAGCUCUUGAAUGCGAUGGGGACGACCCGCAACCCGGUCGCGGCCGCCGAGCUGUACAUCCACUAUUGCCACGACGUUGACGAAGGCGUGGCCACGCUCGUGCAGGCGCGGGAGUGGGGCCUGGCGCUGCAAGCUGCGCAGCUCCACAAGCGACGGGACCUCAUCGAGACCGAAGUCGAGCCGCUCGUGCUGCAAGCCGCCGACGACAUGGAGACGGACAUUGCAGGACGAUUCGCAACGUACAAGAAGCACUGGGUGCGGCUCACGACGUUGCGCGAGCAGAUCCGGCUCUUCCGCCUCCACGGGAUCGACGGCAAGACCAACGACGGCAACGGCUUGGACGACGGCGCGUCGAGUGCGGCGAGUGCCUUCUCCAACAUGAGCAUGAGCUCGGUCGGGAGCCACAACAGCAACCGCGACAUUUGCUUCGGGACGUCGCUGAGCUUUGAGACAUCGUCGCACAGCGCGACGACUAGUCCCUUUUACGCGGCCCUGAGCGCGACCGAGCCCGCGAGCAGCACGAACACAAAGAAGAUGCCGCGCCGCUUCCGCCGCACUAAGAUCCAAGAAGGCAGCGCGGACGAAGACGCGUACGUCGAGACGAGCCUGCGCGCCGCGAUGCCGAACGCCGAGUUCCUCGCGGAUCUGCGCCAGCUGCUCACGAUGCUCGUGUACUUUGGCCAUUCGCCAAGAGCCCAAACCCUCCAAGUGCAGCUCGAUGCGUUCUUCCAGCACAUUCAGACCCACGUCCCGCCCGCGCCAGUCCACGGCGAAAGCACCGUGGUUGCGUGGGCCCGGCCGGACGACGCGACGUGGAUGGUGGUGUCGCGACUGCUCUGA